CGUAGCUACAAUAGUUCCUAUAUACAAAGGCAUAGCCACUGUACUACAUAGGUAGCUACACUUAUGCAUAUUUACGAGAGCAUAGUCAGGGGCGAAGGAAGUGAUAAUACAUAGUGCUAAUACGUACAACCCUAUGGGACUGCACGUUCAUUCAACAGACUUUGUCAGACAGUUGAACAACAUAGUGAAGCUAGGAAUACGAUCACAUAGCAAUUGUACACAUAGUAUCUUUUGAAGCUUUCUGUUUCUUCAGGCAAGGAUUUAAGACGCUCGUAUAUAAGAGAUGUAUAUGAACGGGUUUUGAUAGUUUUUAUUUCAAUACAUCUAGAUAAAAAGGAAAAGGAGUUCAAUCGAAGUGGAGGCUAUCUUGGGAUACUGAAUCCGCAGCAUGAUGUGUGAGGCCUCUCCUGCGGCCGAUGACAACUCCGAAACGCCACAGCAUCAAUUCAAGACUCAGUACAACGAACCACUCCAUCGUCUACUCACCGAUGAGAUGUGGGUACAUAUACUGACCCUGUGCACGAACAUACACGUGCGCCAAGUGUGCCGACGGUUUUGUAAGCUGUACGACAUUGCAUUGGCCGACAAACGGGAGAUCGCGACAAGUGAUGCGAAGUAUGUGACGCAAUAUGCUCGUGGACAAACUGUAGCGUUGGUGUUUCAGAGACUAUACGACGGGAGUGCAUGCCAGACUCUCCUCUGGGCGUGUGCGAGAUAUGGUACGGCUGAUAUGGUGUUUGUUCAUACGGACGGAUUCCAAAACGUGCACACCGAGGACUUGAAUAGGAUGCUGUGUGAAAGCGCGUACCAGGGGAAUAUAGCAGUGGUGCAACUGCUCCUGAACGAGUCGCGGACAGAUCCGAGUGCGAAAGCUUUCGACACAAUGGUCGGCGACGACAACGAGCGGUUUCCGGUCCAAUCUACCGAUACCGAAGAACUAAAGUGCCAAUAUUACUUGAACGCCCUUUCCGCUGCAUGCGAAGGGGGUCACAUGGUCGUGGUAGAUCUGCUGCUCGCAGAUAGCCGAGUCGACCCAACUAUAGGGGACGAGUGCUGUGCUCUAGUGAGUGCCAGCGUGAAAGGCCAUGCCGACGUGGUUGCCAGGCUGCUGGAGCAAGUGACUGUAGACCCGUCGGUAUGCGAGAACGCACCCAUCGCCUGGGCGAGUGAAAACGGGCACACGGACGUUGUGCAGCUGUUACUGAGAGAUUCGCGUGUUAACCCGGCGCAGAGAGACAACCAUGCCAUCACAUGGGCGUGCCUGAAUGGCCAUGUGGACGUUGCUGAGGUGUUGCUGCGUGAUAUUCGCGUAGACCCGAGUUGGGAUGGCAAUGCGAUUAUCGGCGCCCUGGGGGGAGCAGAAGAGGAUCUUGAAGUUAUUCAACUGCUAUUGCAAGACACCUGCGUCGAUCCGUCAGCCAAUGAGAACGCAGCACUCAUCAACGCGUGCGAGGGAGGCUGUAUAAAGAUCAUGGAGGCGCUCUUAGCAGAUGAGCGUGUAGAUCCCUCGGAGGUCCCGAACAUCUUGGCAUCCGCCAGUCGGCACGGAUACACAGACUUAGUGGAGAAGCUGUUGCUGGAUGAGAGGGUGGAUCCGUCGGGUGCUGAUAACCUGGCCAUCAAGAUGGCGAGCCAGAACGGACAUCUCGAGGUAGUGGACCGGCUGCUGAACUAUGCGAGGGUCGAUCCGUGCGCAGAAAACAAUAAAGCAGUGCGCCUGGCGUGCAAGGAGGGCCGGCUGGCCGUGGUAGACCGGCUGCUGAAGGAUACGCGUGUGGACCCCAGCAGCAAGCGUAACUACGCCAUUCAGUACGCGAGUGAGAUGGGACAUGUGAGUGUGGUCGACAGACUGCUACAAGACUGCCGCGUGGACCCGUCGGAUAAGGCGAACUGUGCGGUACGUAUGGCAUGCUGGCACGGACAUGUACACGUGGUGCAGAGACUGUUGCAGGAUGAGAGAGUAGACCCAUCGGCCGAGGCUAAUAGUGCGCUACGCAUUGCCACGGACGAGGGCCAUGUGGAUGUGGUGGAGAUGUUGAUGAGAGAUAAGAAAGUGGUGGACGCCCUUGCAUCGGAGAUGGGUGCGAUAGAUAUCACUGGUGACCUAGAUCAUUAGCUAGUAGAAUGCAUAUCUAGUAUCUCAGGUGUAACGGCGACUUGUGGACAUUACACAACAUAAAGUACUGUUUUCUGAGUACGCACACCACGGACAAUAUUAACAAUGUGCGAAUCAGCAUCCAUGACUUCGCACCAAUAUGAAUAGCCCCUGCUGAUCCAAUAAUCCCAUGCUGUACUGAUUCCAAACCAUAUGACAUGACGCAGCUACUGUAUUGUCGGACUGAGAUGCAUUCCGUCUACAUGUAUGCACACACACAGGCACAAAUACAGACAUACACACUGACACAGACACAAGAC